AUGAUCGGCAAAAUACAAAAUCUGCUAAUUGUUCUAACGGUCAUAGUUGCCGCAACCCACAAACAACUGUUAGCGCACGCUUCUAACCGUAUAAUAGGAGGACAACUUGCCGAAGAAGGUCUCGCACCUUAUCAAAUCUCUUUGCAAACGAUACCAGGUGCACAUUUAUGUGGUGGAGCCAUAAUAGCAAAAGAAUGGAUUAUAACAGCUGCCCAUUGUGUUACAGGUUGGCCAGUUGAAUUUCUACGAAUUGCUGUCGGUAGUAAUCUCUAUAAGAAACCAUUGGAGGUGUAUUAUUUGAACGAUAUUUUUAUACACUGCAACUAUGAUCAACCUAAAUUUCAUAAUGAUAUAGCUUUAUUACAUGUGAAUACUACUAUUAUAUAUAACGACUUAGUGCAGCCGCUGGCAUUAGCCAAUGUCAUGUUAAAUACUACUGAUCCCUUACUUUUUACCGGUUGGGGUUUAAUUUCCCUAUGGGAUCCUUAUCCCGAAAAACUGCAGAAAUUACUUAUGUAUCUAGUGCCUAGAAAGGAAUGUACUCUAAUAUUAGAAUCUGAAUUCCCAGAUGUCUGUGUGGACAUAUCACACAUCUGUGCCUAUGUAAAACGUUAUCAGGGAGCCUGUCAUGGUGAUAAUGGUGGUCCUUUGGUUUACAAUAAUUCACUCGUAGGCAUACAUUCCUGGUCCUAUCCCUGCGCAGAUGGAUAUCCCGAUAUGUUUACCAACAUCUGGUAUUAUCGGGAUUGGAUUCGACAAGUACAAAGCGGCCAAAAGAAAUGUAAAUAUUCUACUUAA